AUGGGACCCACCUGUAACUGCCAUGUGGUUCUCUCCCUCCGCCCCUCUGCAGUAGAGGCGUUUCAUUUUCAACAUCUGUCGAUCUACAUGCCACGUGUAUUCCGUGGAUUGGAAUUGGAGGAUGUGCAGCGUGUAGCACAAAGGGAGGGCGAAAGAGAGGAAGGCCACAAGGAUGUAACGGAUGACAUGUCCGAAGAUCUGUCUGAUGGCGAGAAGGGAGACAUUAUUGAGCCAGUUAAACCGGACAGCCCCGGGAAACACUUGGAUCGCAACUUCUCAACCUUGGAAGUAUGGUCCGAGAGUAACAGGGAGAAGAAGCUUUAUAUUGUUCUCAUAAGAGUAGAUCUCUUCACAAGGCAAGUCUUGUCUUCAGAGGUAGAUUGGAGUUAUAGUGAGCCCACGGAAAUGCUAAGUACUGGUCCCGAGGAAGCCAACCUCGGAGAAAGCAGCGGGGCUUACAUGGUGAGGAUACCAUUCGGGACCCGAGACAAGUAUCUUAGGUUGUUAUGGCCUCAUAUCCUGGAGUUUGUUGAUGGAGCACUCGCUCACAUUCUCAAUAUGUCGAAGGCUUUGGGUGACCAAAUUGGUGGGGGGCAGCCGGUCUGGCCAUAUGUGAUUUAUAAUGAUCGCCUAACAUCUGGAUUUCCUUCAAGAAGAAUCCAUCUCUUGGAAGAAGGGGUUGUCGCCAUUUUUAUUCCUUCUCUCCAACCCUAUUUUUAAAUAGACUAAAGGCCCUUUUUGGUCCUAAACAUAUGGAGAUUUUAUGAUUUAAAGGGCUAGUUUGGUCACUUGAUGUUUAUUAGAAGGAAAAUAAUAAGACAAAUAAGAGAAAAAGAUCAAAUAAAUAAAAAUUCAUUUUUCCGAAAAAUUCACAUGACUCGAUCUCAUAUUUCGAAAGGUCAACGAAUUUAAUGUCAAAUCUCAAAUGGCUAGCGAAUUGAGAUCCAUAUUCCGAAAUCUCUCUAACAGGUGUCUCACUUUUCUUUUUAUAUGCUCCAUUAGUUUUUUUUAAUGUGAGUGAAAUGCAAAUAUAUGAUCUACUUACAACUUAUAAUAAAAGUGAAAUAAGAUUUUAUUGAUGAACAUAUAAAAAUCAAAUAAUAUUCUUUUAGUAUUUGAUCUGUUGCCUCAUUUGAUUAAUGAUCUCGUAAUUAUUUUUCCUUUGAAUUUGUUGGACAUGUUGAUCAAAUACUUUAUAAGGUUAUCAGUUAACAAUAAAAGUUAGACAUAAUAAUUAAAAGGCGUCGUUAGGCUGAGGGUGUCGCACAGUGGAGCCGACAACAGUUCUAAAGGUUGAACAGGGCUGACGGUAGGGUUGGUCGAUCCCAAACCCUUAACAACUGACCGUAUAAUUAAUAUGGCUCAUAUGCCUGAGUGGUUAUUUAUUCCAAAUAACUUUCAAAAAUACAAAAUAACAGAAACAUGGUAGCACUAUAUAACAAUCAAAUAGAAGCAGUAAUCCUUAGCAGCCGUAUUGGCAUGGAGCUUGUGGAUAUCGUGGAAGAUCUUCAUAUUGAUCUGUCUUCA